GCUCGGCUGUGACCGGCGUUUGGCGCGAAAUCGACCGGGCUCGCCCGGCUGGCGGUCUCUUGGUCAGGUCGCCGAUUAAAAGGCAGCACGGACGCUUUCCCGAGCCGCUUCUGCCGUCCCCGCGUCCAGAGCCAGAGCUUGCCGUUGGAUCGUUGUCUGCUCACCAGCCCUGUUUGUUUGAUUGCCAGCCUCUCGCCCAUCCAUGUCCGAGUCCUUCCUCCCCCGGAACGGCCAGCAUCGCUCCAGGACCUCAAGGGUCGCCGCCAUCCAGACACGCUCCAUGACCCGCUCCUCCACGAGGCCGUCACUGCCCAUCACCCCGACAUCGCCUGUGCCGGCAUGGCGCUGUAUGGCGCUGGCCGAUCCACACCAAGAGACCGCUCAUCGCGAUGGCCAUCGCACCAAGAAUGCCUGUAUAUCCAGGCCGAUCCUGUCGCCAACUCUCAUGCGCGACGCAGCCGCCCACAACCCAAACGCCGUCCCAUCCCCCGCGAUCCAGCCGCAGCGAGAACACAUGGAUGAUGGUGCAAGACCCAUCCCAUCGUGCCCCAAGUACCUUUCCCGGGUGGUGGUGGCGCUCUUCGCCAAGCUUUGCCCCGACCUGCCCGCGCCCGUGCCGCCCAGCUUCCUGCCCUUCCUGAACCAUGUGCUCGUCACCACCGACAUCGGCACCCCUGUCGUUGUCCACGCGCUCUACUAUCUCACACGACUCCGCACGCAGAUCAAGUACUGCUGCAGCUCGUGUUUUCUCGGGACCUGGCGGGACCCCAUGAGUCUGGUCCUGAUGUUGCUUGUCCUCAGCAACAAAAUUCUCGAUGACCACACCUUCACCAACAAAACCUGGUGCGAGGUUUCUCAUUCUGGCGGCCACUACAUUGGCGUGUCCGAGAUGAACCGGCUCGAGAUGAAGAUCCUGGAUACGAUCCAGUUCCGCGCCGUGGUGGCUGCUGAGCAGUAUGACUCGUUUGAGCUCGAUCUUCGAUCAUUUGUCGCCAAAUCAACAAGAGCGAAUCCUUGUCAGCGACUGCCAUUACCGCCGAGCGACAUGGACUGGACGCCCCAGCACCCUAUCCCGCCCACAAGAUCGAGCUGCUCGGGCCAUUCGCAAGCCCAGCGAUCACAGCCUGUGGACAUCCAGCACCGAUACCGAGCCUCGGAUGCUCUGUGCGAAAGUAUCGGCAAUCCACAUCGGUCCUCGCCUCGGACCAACACUUGCAGUUCCUCGGCCCCAACUGCAUGCGGCUACCCAAGCCUCCGGCACGACGACCUGACGCUUCCGUUGCGGUCUUUGCCCCCAACACAUGCCCAUCGCACAAGAUACGGCUCCGACCAAACCGGCGUCGGCGCACCAAAGCCGUUGGGGCGGGUGGAUGCCGCUGGCACCUCCAAACAGUCGAUUGGAGCAUCAUGCUCAAAUACGAGGCAACGAGAUCAGCGGUAUUUGCCAGCGCACGAUCGCAAAGACGACCAUGGGCUUGUCUACUGUCACUCGCUGCUGGCAGCUUCGACAAAUCAGAGGUCGAGCGCCCGGAGCAAGGUCCUGUGAUAGAGCGAGGGGCGGACAUCACCGUUCCUGUCUGGCCACUCCCCAAACCAUAUGACGAUCAAUGCAACACAUUGCUGGACACACUGCUUCUACCGCCCUCGCAAUUUAGAC